GUGGCGUGUUGCAGUGAGCGCGCCUCGUGGUGCUGAUGUUGUGAAGCAGGAGGAUGAGGACUGAUCACUCCAUCGAUCCGCGCUCAUUGGUCAGCGUCUGCUGAUCAGCUCCUUCGAUCCUGGAGCGGCCUGCACGUGGUGACAAUCGAUUAUCGGGUCAUCGAUCAGGCACCCGCGGGGACACGCGAGGCGGCGGUGGCGUGGGGCGCGAGCCGCAGCGGGAGACAAUCAGCUGGCUGUGGAUGCAGUGACGGGGGUUCGAACGAGCGGGUACAGCAGCCUCACUCAGUCAAACACUCAGAAACAUCGCCUGUGACUGAGCUGAGACUCUUCAGUGAGAGGAGCCGGUUUAUCCCGGGUCUGACCCGGGUCAGGACGACAUGGUCCACACUGAGCAGGACAGACUGAGAACUGCACCUCCAACUAACAGCGGCGCAGCCUGUCAGUAACAGACUGUAGUUAGUGUCAGGCAACAGUAGGUGGUGCAGCAGCUGCUGGAUGGCCACAGGAGUGAACUACUGGAGCUCGAAUGAAGCCAGUUACAAGGUGAGUGAGUGUGUGUGGGCCGGAGAACACUCCUCCAGCAGCAGCAGUGAGGAGGGUGGAGGAGGAGGCGGGGUCACAUGGGAAACACCUGCCAUGGAGGUCAAAGGUCAGCUCAUCUCAGCACUUGACCCUCUCACCUGUUCAGACAGGAAACAAAGGGAGCGAAUGGCAGAGCUGCAGGAGAGGAGGCGGGGCCUACAGUCACUGCUCAGCACACGAUUGGCUGAGCUGAGACGCAUCUGUCUGCAGGAGGCGGAGCUGACGGGGGCGGUGCCUCGUCACUUCCCUCUGGAGGCGGGAGAGAAGCUGCCCUGUGUCCGACGGAGGGGCGGGGUCUCACACCAAGGAAACAGGAAGUAUCGAGCAGAGGAUGAAGACUCUCAGCGUUCAAAGUUGAAGAAAACUUUAUUUAGUGGAGCUCUGAGGAAACACAACGACUCUGAACACAACACACACACUCAGACACACACACACCACGGCAAGAGGACGACUGUACACAGAGGCUGCCACACAGAUGACACAGUGAGGUCAGAGAGCAGCUCGACAUCAGACUCAACAGGGCACGACAACGGUAACACACACACACACAGAUGUGACAUCACUGAGUCUGCCAGCCAAUCACCUGACAGUUUGAUUGACACCCCCCCUACAGAGGACAGUGUGUCUCAGUGUCGCCCCCUGCUGGUCUCUGCUGGUUCUCCAGUGGAUGCUUAUUAUCAGAGUAAAACCAAAAGGAACUUACUGCACAACAGGGCUGACCAUUCAGAGACGUUACAGACCCACAAGCCCCUCCCCCUGCUGCCCGCCCAUCCUCUCCCGCUACCCCCUCCCCCUCUAUCUCAGGACUCCUCCUCUGGCCCCUCUGACCCAGGAGCCCCUGGAGAAGGCGGGAUCAGGAUUAACGCAGCUCGUCGCAGUAGUAGUUCAGACGGCCUCUUGGACCAUAUCCCUGGCCCGAAGGAGGACGGAUCCAUGACUGGAGUGUUCCGUAGCUCCGAGGUUCUGAUAGAUGGACGGACAAAGUUGAAUAACAAAUUCUCUGAGGGCCAAGGAAGGGGGGGUGGGGCAGGACGAGGAAGAGGAGGUGGUUACAGCGAGAUCCUACUGGAUUAUGUCUGGGGAAAACAGCAGCAAUUGCAGCGACAGCAGUCCCAGCCCAAUCCUAGGCAGCCAAUCACAUCACAGCACCAACUGCUCUAUAAUGGCUACUCCUCCCAGACCACUGGAGCCCCACCCACCUUUCAUAAUCACCACGGUGAACAACGGCAUGUCAAAGUGACCCGCACCAAAUCAUGUGGUCCCUUUCUUCCGGUGCAGCAAAAACAAUUUGAGAACAACAGUCCUCCACGAUCUGCCAUCCAACCGGAUCCCCAUCCCCACCUGCUGCCCCCACGACCGCCGCAGCAGUCCCCCAACCAGGACCCCCAGCUGGAGGAGGCCACCAGGAGCCUGCACAAGGCUCUCGCCUUGGAAGGUCUGAGGGACUGGUACCUUAGGAACACAGCCAGUUCCAUCCAGCAGAACCACACAAACGGAAAGGUGAGCACAGGCGUCAUGUCUGGGUUUGAAGGUCAGUCAGGUGGAGGUGGAGCUCGGCAGCGCAGGCGGACGACUCACGGGGUCAUCCAACAGUCGACCUUUCAGAAUGAGACGAGUCAUCAUCCCACUCUGUCGCGUCACAAACAAAAGCUGCCACAUUCUGCCACAUUCCACGGACACCCGCUGCACGGCCGGUCUGUCGACAACUCCCUCUACCAUGACUCCUUCCCUCCUCAGAAAGAGGAAGUUCCUCUCAAAGAGCCGUGUGGCAUCCAGCCCUCUCCUGGAACCCUGGUCUGACUCACUGGCCAAUCAGGAGGCUGAAGACAGAUCAGCUGAUCAGUCGUUCCACACUGGUCUCCUGUGUGUCCAGGUGACUGUGGUGGGUGGAGGUCACCACUGGGUCCUGGUUCAAACAUUCAAGCCAUGAUGAUGUCACAGGAUGAUGCAGAAACAAACCCCGCCCACUUUUAGCUCAUCUUUGAUGUGUGUCUCGUGUCACUGACUCUGCUCAGACAAUCAGGACACAUGCAAGUUUUUAUACAAACUUUUAUUAACAGUGAUGAUGACAUCACCAACUUUGACCAGCUAACCAACAGUAGUUAAACUAACUUUUGAUAAGAUCAGGUGACCAGGUGUUGAUUCCUCAGGUGAGUCCUUCAGGUGUUUUUACACUUUUCUUCUGCACUAAAUGUUGAUCAGUGUCCAGAGACACAGACUCGUUUAGAGACGGAUCCAAACCAAAGGUGAACGCUGCAGUGAUGUGCGUACGACCUUUGACCCCUGCACUAAAUGGUCAAUGCCAAACCUUAAUGAAUAUUAACGAACAUGAACAGAAGGAAACAACACACACGGUGGUGGUGUGGUCAAUGCAGUGGCCUGUUGAAAACUGUUAGCAUGUCAAACUGUUGGCAUGUUAGCCCAUCAGAGUGUUAGCCUGCUAGCCAGUCAAGCUGUUAGCCAGGCGGCCUAUCAGGCCUGUUGUGAUGUUGUUCCCCUGUUAGCCUGACUGUUUGUGUGUUACCAUGUUAACAUGCUGCUCGUGCGUUAGCAUGAUGCCCUGUUAGCCUGUUAGGCUAUCAGAUAAUUUGUCAGUCAAGCUUUUAACUUGUCAGGCUGUUAGCCGAUAAAAGCAUUUGCCUGUUAGCCAGACAGGCUGUUAAAUUGUUUGCAUGUUAGAAAGUCAGACUGUUAGCCUGUUAGCAUGUCAGACAGUAGCUCACAAAGGACAUGGCUCCUGAAUUAGGACUAGGCUUAUUAGCUUGUCAGGCUACUUGUCUGUUUCCCUGCUAGCCAAUUAGCAUGGUUAGCUGCAGCUGUCAAACAGGUCUCAGGUCAGUUUGCAUUGACUUUUUCAGACAUUUUUAUUGUUCAGUUUGUCUCAGGAGACGACAUCUGUCUUGUUUUACGUCUCACUGUCAACUUCUGUGUCCUCUCUGGACUGAAGACGUGUCCAGGUCCUCAGAUUAGAUCCAGAUCCAAGCCUGGAGGCAAUAAGUGUUUCUGUUUCAGGAUGAAAAUGUUUGCAGUGACAAUCAGACAAUGAUGUCACAGAGUCAAUCCCAUGAUUCCCAUGAGAUCAGUCGGUUUAUUGAUCGAUUGAGUUGCUGCGAAAAUAUUUUAUAAAACUAUUUGAAACCACGUGGACAACUCUGUUUGUAUGUUUGUUGCUGAAACUCUGCCGAGUCCCACUUGUUGCCAUGAAAACAAGAAUGUUCUCAGAUCAGGCCACGCCUACUCUCAUCCACACGACCAUUAAACCAAAGGAAAACACAGUGGUGAUGUCACUGCACAGGUAAACCUCACUCUGAACGAUGGAGGCUCAGGUCUGCAGGUGACAUCACACUGUGACACAGGACAAACCCCGCCCACUUCCUGUCACUGAACACGGGACACUGUUACACGUGUCACUGAUUGAUUGACAGGUUUGGUCAACACCGUUUGUUUGGAACUUCACUCUCAGCAUGCACCUCUUCUCUCUCUCUCCACACACACACACACACUGUCCACUACUGCAGUACUACAGAGUAGUAACCUGUACUGCAGUAGUACUGCAGUAUAAGGACUUCACCAGCCUCCAAAACCAAACCAAGUAUCUAAAAAUGUUGUUUCAAUCAACAAAACAAACAAACAAACAAAUAAACAAUAAAGUAUUUAUGUUUUAAAACAUUUGUUUAUCAUGAAAGUCGUCAAUGUUAAAGUCACUGUACCAGCAGUACCAGUACUAUGCAGUACUAGUACUCGUGACUCAGUCAGUAUUAUUAGUUUUGUUGAGGACCAGCUCUGUGAUUUGGUCAGUGUAACAUCACAGCUGUGAUGCGUUCAGGUGCACUCUGUACAGUUUGUGUAAAAAAAACAAAACUUUUCUAUCGUUGUCAUUUGUAUGUUUGUUUUUUAUUUCACUUUGAAACGUUUUGCUGUUUCACACUGGAAAAGCUUUGUGUAAAUAAAUGAGCAACGGGUUGUAAA